GUCAACAACAAACUCAACCUCGGCUGGAGGGAGCACAACCACAACGGGAGAGCGCACACUGGCCGAUCUCCCAAACGAGAGCUCAUUUGCUUGUCAGCUGUUAGAUCGUGGAUAUCUUCUGGGCAUCUUCUCCAAAGACGUCGCCACUCUCCCGGACGAAGAGACGUCGCGGCUUUCAUCUCCCGAGACAGAGAGAGAGAGAGACCCCAAGAUGGGUGUGUCUGUCUGUGUGUGUUGAAGAUGCCGGCCGCUACAGAAAGACCUCCCUUUCCAGCAAAUCAAAACAACAAAACCUGCCCCGUCGGAGAAUGAGCGAGCUGCGGGAGCGCUAAGAUCUUGGGGCAAUUCUUCCAGCGGGAUCGCGCAAACGGGGGGGAGGAAUUAUCUAACGCCGCACAAAGAGAACACACGCGCGCGCCUUCUCCAGUUCUGCUCGGUUGCUCGAAAACGUACGAUCGACGUGCGAGCGCGCGUGUCGGUCGCUCCGUUGCCGUUUGGUGCCACGAUCGAGUUUAGGGUUACAUACGCGUGCUAGCACACCUCCCUACGGUGGCCAAAUCGCAGCUACCACGGUGGCCUACAUUGCACAUACACAACCCAGCGUGCUGAUUAACCACGAAUUACCUUCCUCACACUAGACCAGCAACACGAAAAGGUUGGCUUUUAAUUUCGGGUGGGAACAGGGGCUCCACGCACGACGCAUUCAACCCCUCCCGCACGCUCUCAAAAACACAAACGAAACAAGCGUCAAAACAACCGUUACCGGGGAUCGUCGUCAUCGAAUCCGCCGAGGCCACUCUGUCGUGGUGUCAGCUACGUUUUUGGGGUGGUUCACUUUCUUGAGGUUUGCAAAUUUGCGCUCAAGUUAGCGGAGUGGUAAAGUAGGCAGCGAACCCGGAGUGUGCGCAUGUAUCCACGGUGACAACAAUGUGACAGACGGUUGAAGGUUUGACAGUGCCAUCACAGCCGUAAUCUUCCCGAGUUCGAGUGUUUUGGGUCAUCCGCAGCGACCCAGUGAGUGUGAUACGUAAUUGGGGAGUCACCCUGUGUGUGCGCGUGUGCUUGAAAUGCCUCCGAGUGCACACCGAGUGCGGCCAGUGUGUAAACGUGUACCAGACUAAUUGGAAUUGGCCUGGAGUUUGGUGUUUUUGGCGUUCAGUGAUGAGGCGUUGGAGCAGCUGAACAAUACGCUACGGCAGAUACCCUUAGAUGAGACGCCUUUCCAAUGGUGCGACAGAGCUAAUGCGCAUGGCGCAUCUAAUUGUGAACAGCAGCAACAGAACAACCGACUGCCAACUACUACUACCAGGGGAAAAGUUACACCAAGCAAGCUUUUAGCCAUCCACCAAGUGCAGCAGUUUUGGUUGUUUUUUUGCCAACGUGGUACUACAACUGCUAUAUCUUCGUGCUCACUGCUCACCGAACCAAUUACAAAAUGCCCUGUCCAGCGUCCUGUUGUUCGUUUGCUGGCCACGGAAGCGGAAGUUCCACCGGACCGGACAGCAAUACCCACGUAACAGAGAAACACUACGGCUGCUACAAGGCGGGCAUCUUCUUCGCGCUCGCCAUCAUCCUGCUGCUGCUGGCCGGCUGCCUGCCCGUCUUUAUGCUCACCACCAACAACAACCUGAUCCUGCUGCUCCUGCUCGCGACGCUGCUCGCCAUCGGGCUGGCCACCUUCGGCUAUCUCCGCUGGCAGCGCAAUCGGGCACUCGCGAUGCGGCGCACGUACGAGCAGCAAAAGUUUACGCUGACACGCGUCCAUCACUCUUCCGGUGCGGGCAACGGCGCAACAACACCGACCGCCGCUGUCACAGCCGCUGUUGUCCCCGACACGCCGAAGGAUAAUGGCACGGGGACGGGCAUCAUCACCACAAGCACCCCAAUCGCACUCUACGGACAGACGACUGCAGCAUCCAACAGCAAGCUGGGUGAGCAGAUGGCCGGCAUGGGGACGGCGGGCACCAUCAAAACCGAUCCGGACGGGACGAUGCAACGAUCCACCAAAAGCCCACCGCGAUAUUCAUUCAUCUGAAGCGGAAUAAAGGAAGAGCAAUAAAAAAACUCACACCAUGGGAAAAGGGAAAACGGGGGAAAAAAAAACAGUGCCUACAAUAAUGUUGAUAAAUAUGCACCCCGACUAGUGGUGGUUACCGAAGUGCGCUCUCUGUGGGGCUCCCACUCCCACUGACGGAAUCUCUCUCUCUCUCUGUUUUGUGCGUGUAUUUUUGACGAUUUUUUCGUUGUUAAUUUCCUACAUGGUGGUAAAACAUUAAUUUUCCCACACACACAAACACGCGCGCCUUUUUUGCCGUGGUGCUGUUGCCCGUUCGGUCAAUAUUUUAUACCGCAGCGCGGUAAUCAACCUCAAACAUAAAUCGCGCAUACGGGGACAUUGGCACAUUGCAACGUGCAACUAUUUAGAUUCUAGGUUAGGUUAGGUGUGUAAGAGCAGCAGCAGCAGCAGUGUUUCGACCGACCCGAUCAAAUAUCUGUUUGAACUUUCAGCUGUUCUGUGGUUGUUGGGGGGGGGGGGGGGGGGGGGGGGCUUUGCUCCUUUAUUUAAUUUAUAUCACGCAGCUGCUCGGUGAGGCAUUUACGAUGCGGUUAAUUAUGUUAGCGGGUGUAAAAAGGACAUUCGGCUGAAAAUGGCCCCAGUGUCCUUUGGUAGGCGCGUUUGUAUUGUGCCGAAUCGUCGGCAGUUUAAAUCGAUUCGUGUUGCGUUUUGUGGUGCUGCUGUCGAAUCGCUUGUUGUACAAUUAACAAUUACACACGCCCAGCCGUGGUGUAGUGGUCGCUCCACUGAGCAGCUGAGAGAGCAGCUUGUGUUUGUGAAGGUGCCGCCGCCAGCAGAUUGUACCAAUAAAUGUAUUUAUAAGUAAGGCUGAACAUA